AUGAAUUUUGAGCGUGAAAAGAAGUGAUCGAAUUCAACGGAGGCUCAGGCACCUCCUCCCCCUCUCUCCUCUCCUCUCCUCUCCUCGUCGAUAAAAAAUCUCUACAAUCCCAAGUUCUACGUACAGGAAGAGGUUGAUUCUGUAGGAACCCUAGCGAGAGAGAUACCGUGUCUCUGUAAUAGAGAAAGAAACAGAGAUGGAUCCGGAGCAGACAUUCAUUCGGGUGCAAGAGCGCUUCUCGCAGAUGCUGACUCCAAGAAUCAGACUAACUCUCGAGUAUAUAUACCUCUUCUUGGCUAUAACUUUGUUCUGUAUUCUAGUUGUCAUGCACGCCAAUUACGUUCAACAGCCUGGUUGUUCAAGUGAGCUGGCUGGGGUGGGAACGUCAGAAGCGCAGCGUAUACAGAUUAAGAUUACCAGUGCUGGCUUGUGGUCACAAAAUGAAUCUCAAUAUGAAGUGCUUGAUGUUCCUAGCAAGGAAAAUGAUUUGGAAAAAGCAAAAGCUGAAGACAAAGAUCAGUUGACAUUUUUGGCUGCUAAGUUGUGGUUGAACUGGAUUGGUUCUGGUGCUAAGAAGGGAAAAUUGGCAUUCAAAUUUUGGAUGACUGAUAAUGAGGAACUUGAACCUCAACCUGAAAUUUCUUCCAGUAGCAGUAUCUCUAAGCCGGCAGUUGAUGGUGCAGCCCCCAAAAUCAACAAAGAGGAGUCGCGUUUUAGGUUUCCUAUAUCAGCCAAGGAGUCCUUUAAAGCAACAAUAAAUCGCAUAUUCAGAAAGUGGAAUGGACGCAUAUCUUUCUGCUGGAGACAUGCAAAGCAAAUCCUUGGAGGUUUAUGGGAUAUUGCAGGCAUACAUUUAAAUCUUGAUAUUCCUAAAUGGCUACGUAUACUUCACUUGGACAGGCUUAACUCAGUUGCAGUCCAGUGGUUUGAAAAGAGAAGCAAAGCAUUUGAACCGACUUAUUUAUACACUAUGGAAAAGGGUUAUUUCUGGCUGCCUGAAGGAGCCAGGUCUAAGCACAACAUACAUACUGUCAACAUUAGCAUAUCAGCCCGACAUUCCUGCUUUGGAAACAGAUGGCAACAACUUCUGAUAAAUAGACUAGUUGGAUAUGAUACCAUCCUGAUGAACAGUUUGUUGAGUUCUCCUGGUCAAGGUUACCUAUAUAAUUAUCAAACGAAGGAGUUCUAUAAUAUUAGUUAUGCUCGUGAGCAACCUGGAGGUUCUGCUAAGUUUGGAGAUUAUCUUGUGACCAAGUGCGGUGUGCUUAUGAUGUCACUUUUUGUUUUCUUCACUACUACAAUGUCAGUUUCAUUUACAUUGAGGGAGACACAAACUCGCAUGCUGAAGUUCACUGUUCAGCUACAGCAUCAUGCUCGUCAUCAGCUUCCCACAUUCCAGCUUAUCUUUGUGCACGUUAUUGAAUCCCUGGUCUUUGUGCCUAUUAUGAUUGGUAUCUUAUUUUUUCUAUUUGAGUUCUAUGACGAUCAGCUAUUAGCUUUCAUGGUCUUAAUCCUGGUGUGGUUGUGCGAACUAUUUACUUUGAUCAGUGUUCGGACGCCAAUAUCUAUGAAGUUCUUUCCUCGCUUCUUUUUGCUCUAUUUUCUGGUGUUCCACAUUUAUUUCUUUUCAUAUAGUUACGGUUUUUCAUAUUUGGCUCUCUCCACAACUGCAGCAUUUAUGCAGCACCUUAUUCUCUACUUUUGGAACCGGUUUGAGGUUCCAGCUUUGCAGAGGUUUAUGCAAAACCGCAGGUCACAAUUUCAGCAGCACCCGGAUUUCCACAUCACUUCCUCAACCAUUCUUGCAUCAACAUUUCAUAUCACUAGAUUAAACACAAGAAACACUGGUCCAGACAGCACAGACCAAACUGCUGGACCUGGGGCUGCCACUAGACCACCACCUGGAUCUGACUCAGCAGCAGGAGGAGGAGGAGGGAAUGGUAAUCCUCUUCAGGUUGCAGGGCAACCCGGGUUCCGGCAAGCAGAAACGGGUGCUAACCCUGGGGCAAUGAAUUCAUUUAGUUCCUUGCUGCUAUGGAUCUUAGGUGGUGCUUCUUCCGAGGGAUUCAAUUCUUUUCUCUCCAUAUUCAGAGAUGCAGCCUGAGAGGCCAAAGGCCCCAAGUUUAUCCAGAAAACCAUGACAGUAGUCUAUGCUUGCUUUAUUUAAUAGGAUGUAUGUAUCUUCAACUUGUACAGAUAUACUCUACUCCACUGUACUGUACUGUACUAUACUGUACUCUUUAUGUUUUUCAUUUUCCUUUUAUUAUUAGAAAUACCUUACUACCGUCCUCGUGCGGUUCCAUAGUC